AUGGUUAGUUUGUCAGCACUUGAUGUGUCAUACAACAACUUGGAAGGGCCCCUUCCAACAGGGCAAGUAUUUCGUAAUGCCUCAAUAGGAUGGUUCCUCCACAACAAUGGUCUUUGUGAUAAUCUCUCCGGCCUUCCAAAAUGCUCUUCAGACCCAAAACUGCAGCACCACAACAGAAGAAUCAGCAGCUUGCUGCUAAGCAUUUCCAUUCCUUCAUGCAUAGUUACUAUUCUUGCAACUUUUGGAGUAAUUAGGAUUGUUAAGAGAAGUAAGAGACCACAAAGGACUGCAGCCCAUGAUAAAAGAGAUGUGUUUUUGGUGUGGAAUUUCGAUGGGAAACUAGCAUUUGAGGAUAUCAUUAAGGCAACAGAAAAUUUCAGUGAAAGAUACAUCGUUGGGUCAGGAGGGUACGGCACCGUCUACAAAGUUCAACUUCAAGAAGGGAGAUUGGUUGCAGUUAAAAAGCUUCAUGAAACUGAAGAAGAGAUUAGUGAUGAAAAGAGAUUUAUCAGAGAAAUCGAAGUAGGAAAUCUUCAUGAAACACUGGAAAAUGAUGAUCUAGCAAAGGAGCUAAACUGGCAGAGGCGAGCUGCCAUUGCAAGAGACAUAGCCCAAGCUAUGUACUACUUACACCAUGAAUGCAACCCACCAAUAAUUCAUCGUGACAUAACAAGUAACAACAUCGUGCUCGAUGCAGAUUUUAAGGCUUAUGUUGCAGACUUCGGCACAGCAAGGAUUAUAAAACCUGAUUCAUCAAACUGGAGCGAACUAGCAGGGACAUAUGGUUAUAUAGCCCCAGAGUUUUCAUACACAUCUGUGGUGAUGACGAAAUGUGAUGUCUAUAGCUUUGGUGUGGUUGUGCUGGAGAUUGUGAUGGGGAGAUACCCUAGGGAGCUGCAAUCCCUUGCUUCCCUGGGAGAGCAUAAUAAUCUUGCGAUGGAUUUACUGGACCAACGCCCAUCGUCGCCAACAUGUUUGGAGAAGAAAGAAAUUGCUCUGCUCAUCGAAGUGGCAUUUGCUUGCCUAGAAACGUCUCCUCAGUCAAGACCAGAAAUCCAAGAUGUCUAUCAGAAACUGAUUCGCCCCCAACCUUCAUAUUUUGCCUCACCUUCAGGUACAGUUACACUAGGACAAAUAACAGAUGGGAAAGUGUAG